UAAUUAUUAAAGAAAAGAAGAUAAUUAAAACAUCAACAAUCAACCACAAUGUUGUAAUUGUUGUUGGUUAAAAACGUAAUUGAUUUCCAUCACCAAUUUGAUUGACAAUUGGGAUUCUAAAUCAUUUAAAUGAAAAGUAAACAAAUGACAAUGAUCAAGAUUUCGAGUGACCAAGUGUUGACCUAGAAAAGAUAAUCUUAAUUAGUGGAAAGUAUUUUUGUCUUGUCAACAAUGGAAAUUAGAAAUGAUUAAACAAUUGACAAUUAGUUUAAUCACUAAGCUUGGACUGUUGAUUACUUCAAGUUUAAUUGAUUUCAUAAUAAGAGAGGUAAAGGUGACCCAUGGAGAGGUGAAAUUAUGCCCCUUCCGCCCAUUUUACGUGAUCGAAAUUUAAUCCAUGCCCCGCCCGAUCUAAUUCUUACCGGACGUAACCCUGAGGCCAAAUAUCCCGCUCAUAGAAUUAUUUUAAUGUGUAUCAGUCCAUAUUUUCAAAAAUUAUUCCAAUAUUCAUGUAACCCGGAAAAGGAAACAAUCAUUCUCGAUGAAAAUGGUCUACCAAAAACUUUGGACUGUAUUCGUCUUGAUAUCGAUAAACCGAUGACCUUAACCUCGAUAUUACAAUACGCUUAUUAUGGUUAUGUUCAUUUAGACUUUGAUUUUAUUCAAGAUUUAAUUGUCGCCGCUGAUAUGUACAAUAUUUAUGGACUGAUCAAAGAAAGUACCUUUUUCCUGAAGUCCUGCCUCAACCCGACAAAUUGUAUUGGUAUUCAUUUGUUUGCCAGUUCGUAUAAUUGUUUUGAUUUGGAAAAAUUUUCUCGAACUUUUAUUCUUGGAAAUUUUGAGACCAUUUAUCGCGAAUCGGAUGAAUUCCUCGACCUGACAAGUAAAUCGUCGCUCCUCGAAAUCUAUAAGACUCAUUUUCUUUAUGUAUCCGACGAACUUUCCGUUUGGAAUAGUUUAAUCAAAUGGAUCGAUUUUGAUGUUUCUCAGCGAAUCGAUCAUUUUGAAGAACUGGCCGGUUACCUUCGAUUCGGACUAAUGGAAGAAUAUUCUCUAAUCUAUCAUGUUCUCUCUCAUCCAUAUGUCACUAAUAACACUAAGAUCAAAACUAUGAUUCAAGAAGUUCUAUCGACUCGUCGAGUCCUCGAAUCUUGUGAAAAACCUGCGGCCAUAUUCCUAAGCGAAACAAUUAAACGUCAACUAGCACCACGAUAUCCAAAGGACAUGAUAUUUGUUUUCGGUGGUCGAGCCUUGGAUGUUGAAUUUGUUUCGCCGGAAAGUGUUGUCGAGGCUUAUGACCAUCGAGCCGAACGAUGGAGACAAGUUAACUUGGAAGAUCCGUCUGGUCCAAGAGAUCACCAUCAGAUCUGUGUGAUCGGUAGACAAUUAUUUAUCCUUGGUGGUCAUCAUGGUCCAUUCAAUGUAUUCAAUUCAUGUCGUAAACUGGACUUGACAACCAGAAAGUGGAAUGAAAUCUCACCGAUGCGAGAAAAACGGGCUUUCCAUACAAGUGCUAUCAUCGGGAACCACAUCUAUGUUAUCGGAGGUUAUAAUGGUGCUCGUCGAACUGAUUCCGUUGAACGUUACGAUAUUAUCCAAAAUCAAUGGACUUCUUGUGCACCAAUGAACGAAAGACGAAGUGGAGCUGGAGCUGCCGUUCUUAAUGGUAAAAUUUACGUGGUCGGUGGUUUUCGUGAUCAAAAUUAUCUAAACACUGGUGAAGUUUACGAUCCAGUAACGAAUCAAUGGUCAACAAUUCCCAGUAUGACUAAACCUCGAAGUAGUCCAGCAGUUGUCGCCUUUAACGAUAAGCUUCAUGUUAUCGGUGGCCUGACAUCAAACGGUUUACUUUCGAGCGGUGAAAAAUAUGAUCCAAUUGAAAAUAAAUGGGAGAAAAUGGAAAACGAAAUGCUGGAGAAAAAGUGUUGCUCAGCGGCCGUUGUUCUCGAUGAUAAAAUUCUGAUCAUCGGAGGUUGGGAUGGUGUUGGUGGCCUUCGAACUGUAGAGCUAUGGUGCGAUCGAACCAAACGCUGGCUCUUGGGAACUAAACUGAUCCGAAGACGGACUGGAUGUGCGGCCUGCGUUGUCCAAGAUGUUCCUAAUGUCGAAAACUUCGCUUGGUCAGCGAGAGACAAUAUUGUCCAAGAACGGGUUCUAAACGCUCUUGGAUUGAACAGUUUGGAAACAACUGAGUUCACUCACAACGAUGGCGAUGAACAGCUCAACGACUUCAAUCAAUUACAACGAGCCAACUUUUCUCGAGCUGCACCAAAUGAUUUCGAUGACAUUAUGGACAUUGAUCCAAAUUGAUUCCAAAUCCUCAGAAUCAUCUAAUUUUAUAGUUAAUUAACUGUCUUUUAAAGUAUUCAUGUUAAUCAUUGUCGUCAAUUUUCACAAACUUUUUGUUAAUUUCUAAUUUUCUUAUGUUUUCUGAUCUCGAAACUUAAUUGUAACUCUUUAAAAUCCGCCUAAUCAAAUCAAUUUAAUCUACUAAUCA